AUGAAAUUCAUUUUGUUCAUAGCCUUCUUGGGAGCGGCAGUUGCCUUCCCAAUCGAUGACGAUGAUAAGAUUGUGGGAGGUUACACCUGCCAGAAGCAUUCCGUCCCCUACCAAGUGUCCCUGAAUUCUGGGUACCACUUCUGCGGUGGAUCCCUCAUCAACAAUCAGUGGGUUGUAUCAGCUGCUCAUUGCUACAAAUCACGCGUCCAAGUGAGACUCGGGGAGCACAGCCUGAGCUACAAUGACGGCACUGAGCAGUACAUCAACUCCGCCAAAGUCAUCCGUCACCCCAACUACAACUCCCAGUCGCUGGACAAUGACAUCAUGCUCAUCAAGCUGUCCUCGCCGGCCACCCUCAACUCCCGCGUCAGCUCGGUCUCUCUCCCUAGCAGCUGCGUGAGCACCGGGACUCAGUGCUUGAUCUCUGGCUGGGGCAACACUCUCAGCAAUGGGGGUGACAACCCUGAUUCCCUGCAGUGCCUGAAUGCUCCUGUGCUUUCCUCCAGUCAAUGUAGUAGCGCUUAUCCAGGACAAAUCACCAAGAACAUGAUUUGUGUGGGCUACCUGGAAGGUGGGAAAGACUCAUGCCAGGGAGACUCCGGAGGUCCUGUCGUCUGCAACGGUCAGCUCCAGGGAAUUGUCUCCUGGGGUAUUGGAUGUGCGCAGAGAGGCUAUCCUGGAGUCUACACCAAAGUGUGCAACUACGUCUCAUGGAUCCAGAACACCAUCAGAGCCAACUGA